AUGGCACCUCUAAAAGACCUUUUGAACGAAGAAGAAGCGCCAGGAUACCUCUCGUCUCCACCUAGCGAGGACGAGCGCAAAUACUGGGAAAGAUCGAGCUGCAGCAGCGACAGCAGAUCGGUCUCGGAAGCGUCGGGCUCGGAAAGCGACUCGGGCGCACUUUUAACGUGCGACUGGGACUCGUGCGGGCAGAAGUAUGCGCAGCCUGAGCUGCUGUACCACCACCUGUGCCAGGACCACGUCGGGCGCAAGUCCCAGAAAAAUCUCCAACUCAACUGCCGGUGGGGCCGCUGUACCACCAAAACGGUAAAGCGGGACCACAUCACGUCGCACUUGCGGGUGCACGUCCCUCUCAAGCCUUUCGCGUGCUCAACGUGUACCAAGAAGUUCAAGCGCCCCCAGGACCUGAAGAAACACCUAAAGGUGCACCUGGAGGACGAAUCGGUUAUUCGGCGCCGCAGGGGCCCCAAACCAAGCUUGAAAAAGGUGUACAAGGCUGCGCAGAGAUCACCGGACGCACCUGUGCUGCCCUCCAUCUCGUUUGAGAAGUUUUUGGCCGACGAAAUGCCGCACUACAAGCCUUACUACACUCCACAGCUGGGGGAACGCCUGCAAACGGUCUUGCCGCCCCCAUCCUCCGUGAUAUCGGCUCCUGGCGAAGUCAGUGCGGCCGGCACCCCAACCUUCAGCAGGUCGCCAUGUUCCAAUCCACAGGACCUGCGGGCCGCCGCGGGUUUCUUCUCCACCCUGUCUCAGGACAUGCACAGGAGAUUGCCUCGCUUGCCUCACUUGAACUCUGUGGUGCCCCCUGCUCCGGUAUCUCCUCUGACAGCCGCGUCAGCUCCCUCGAGAUACCCACCGGUUCUACAGCUGCCUCCAAUCCAUGCCAGCGUACCAUACCCUAACGUGCCAUACGUGUCUUCAAGAGUGGACACGUCCGCGCGUCUCCCUCACUUCAACCGCGCUGAAACUUACAGUCUUCACCAAAAGAACUCGGGCGACCAGCAAGGUAACGAAACGCAAGAACAGAUUGAGGAGCUGAUGUCAAAGCUUGCCCUAGAAUCCGAAGAGAUCGACAUGGCUGAUAUACUCCUGAAAGUCAACACUAUCAGAGACUACUUGAUGUGCGCUCUGUUGGAGGAAGAGUACGAAGAUGAACAAGACCCAUCAGAUUUUGCCCCCAGUGGCACUUCCAGCGAGACAGCGAACCAGGGGGCUCCAGUUGAACCACGGCCAUUGUCCAAGUAUCCCACAGUCAUGGUUUAG